AUGUUGCGCGCUGUUGCUGAGUUUUACGCCACUUCACGUAGAACUCCNNNNCUUCUCAUCGACAGUAAGUUCGUCGUAUGUGAUGCCACCGUUGAUACAAUAACAGGUACGCCGGACACUACUGUGAAAGGGAGAUGUGUGUAA